AUGUCUGUCAUUCUCUGCACAGCUGGAUACGAUCAUACUAUUAGAUUCUGGGAAGCUUUAUCGGGUAUCUGUUCCCGAACAAUCCAGCAUCCCGACUCCCAGGUCAAUCGCCUUUGUAUCUCCCCCGACAAGCGGUACCUUGCCGCCGCUGGCCACCACACCGUCAAGCUCUACGAUAUCAAAUCGACGAACCCGAACCCCCUAUUGACUUUCGAGGGGCACACUGGAAACAUCACGGGUGUAGCCUUUCACUGUGAGGGAAAAUGGAUGGUUACUAGUUCCGAAGACGGCACUGUCAAGAUUUGGGAGACGAGGACUGGAUCAAUUCAGCGAAGCUAUAACCAUGGCUGCCCAGCGAACGAUGUCGUAAUCCACCCGAACCAGGGUGAGAUUAUCAGUUGCGACAGGUCGGGAAGUGUCAGAGUGUGGGAUCUGGCCGAGAACAAUUGUUCCCAUGAGCUCAUCCCAGAGGAAGACGUCUCGGUCUCCAGCGUCACCGUAGCCAGCGAUGGCUCUCUGCUAUGCGCCGCCAAUAAUGCUGGCAACGUAUUCGUAUGGAAUCUCAUACAGAGUUUCGACCGAACACAGCUUGUGCCUGUCACUCACUUCAACGCCCACAAGGAAUACAUCACUCGCAUUUUGCUGUCCCCGGAUGUCAAGAAGCUCGCGACCUGCAGCGCAGACCACACAGCCAAGAUUUGGGAAGUUAAGAACAUCGAACCCACUCCGGACCAGGAACCCAAGCCUUAUCCCUUGGAGGCCACCCUCACCGGUCACCAACGCUGGGUAUGGGACUGCGCUUUCAGUGCCGACUCGGCGUACCUGGUAACUGCUUGCUCUGAUCACUACGCGAGACUGUGGGAGUUGCAUAGUCAGCAAAUUAUCCGACAGUACAAUGGACAUCACAGGGGAGCCGUUUGUGUUGCUCUUAACGAUUACUCGGAAACGCGAUAA